AUCCGAGAGAGAGAAAGAGAGAGACAGAGGGAGAAUGGGACAUGGAAGCUCGAAAGAAGAUUCACCUUUUGGUUCUAAAGAAGAAGGAUCAUCCCGUAUCUCUCAUCUGAAGCAGAGGCUUCACCUUCAUCGUCAUCGUCAUGGACGUAGUAGCGGCUUCUCCUCUUAUCAAAAACUCCUCACUGCUGAUGGUUUCGCCAGAAUUGCUCUUCUCACUCUCAUUCGCGCGGAGAUGAAGUUCAAGGACAAGUGGCUCGCCUGUGUUUCUCUUGGAGAGCAGACCUUCCGCACUGAGAUCUCCGACUAG